AUGCGCCAACAUCCGCUACGGUCGUCUGCAUCCAAUUCGCCUGUUCCAUCAAAACCAGCGGAUGUUGGCGCGAAAAUUCCGGAUGCAGGAGGUGCACCUGAGGAAGAUAUGUCGACCGCUCGCACCGCUUAUUGGGGACCGCCAGACACGGAACUGGUCCGUGGCUGUGGAGGACAAGAUGUCGACAUUCUGACUAUUCAUGUUGACGAAUUUCCGAAGCAGCGUCAAUGA